UGCUGGGAAUAAGCAUUUUUUUUUGAAAAAUUAAUUGUGAUUAGGUGGGAUCAGGUACCAUAAUCCAAAUUGUAAGGCACUCUUUUCAUCUGCUUGAUUCUAAUGUUACCUCCCCUUGUGUCAAAUCCUUCAAUAAUAAAGGAAAGAGAGGAGACCAAACACUAGGCUUACUAUCAAUUGGUAUCUUCCUAUCUGUAUGCCAGUGCCCUUUGCCACGUCCAUAGACUACAAGCACUUCCAUAAACCCCCCAACAGAUGCAGACAAACACCAUGGCCAUCGCAUCUCUCUUUGCAUCACAAAAAUCAGCCCUCUAUUGAAGGAAGUUUCCGGUAAAUCGCGCUAUAAAACUCAGCAGGUUUCACUGGUCUGGUAAGGCUGAGUUCUGGCUCUCUCAGUUGGCAUGGUUGUUGUUUGCUUUUGUUUCCUUGUUUGGUCCUGAUCUGAUGAGGAACAUGAUUCAGUUGGGCUUAGAUAGGAGGAAGAACUUCUGGGAUCUGAGGGAAAGUGGAAUAGUUGCAGAUUAGGAUAAUUAUUACCCUUUAAACACUAUUCAUUCCUCUCCUUCCUUAUCUUUGCGACCAAGAGGAUGCUUUUUGGAUGUCUUUAUCUAGUAGGAAUCCUGCCAGACACUGCCUAAACUCAAAAGACCCGUCUCCCUCUUUAGCUGAAAGCAGAUCAGGAAUAAGCAAAAGAAAGCCACUUCAAUUUUUUUUUGGCCUUCCUUAAAGCAUCAAAGCCCAUGAAACCUAGUCUGUAGAUACCAGCCUGGGGAGGAAAUUCAAGACCAAGGUGAGACAUAACGAGGCAGCAGACAAAUUUUCUGACCCCAUGAUAACUGAAAUGAAUUCCCUUCUUUCGAUCUCCUUUGUCGUUCGAUUCACCGUCGAAACAAGGUGGAGCAAUGGGGUUUCAAGCCUAUUUGCAUAAAAUCAUCAGGGAGGUUCAAAAGGUCUUCAAGAGGGUGCAGGUAGUUUGAAUCCUUUUACUGGUUUUCAAGGUUGAGAAGUUGGGAGAGCAGUAUAGCAAUGGUGUCUCUUCAGAAUCGUCCUCAUCGUCUACUUCUUGACACAGACCCUGGUGCAUCUCCAAACAUUGGAAGCAGGAUGCGAAGCUCCUACACAAAUGAGGCGAAUUUUGAUACCAACAUGGUGAUCAUCCUAGCAGCCUUGCUCUGUGCAUUGAUAUGUGCCCUUGGACUCAACUCAAUUGUUCGCUGCGCUCUAAGAUGCAGCAGGAGGCUUGCUUUUGAGACCGCAGAUGAGACUGCCGCACGUCUAGCUGCAACAGGCCUCAAGAAGAGUGCACUACGUCAGAUUCCAGUGGCUGUAUAUGGCUCAGGGACAAACAUCCCUGCUACUGACUGUCCUAUUUGCCUAGGAGAAUUCGAGCAAGGGGAUAAAGUUCGAGUGCUCCCUAAAUGUCACCAUGGAUUCCAUAUGAAGUGCAUAGACACAUGGCUGGUGUCACACUCAUCUUGUCCAACUUGCAGGCACUCACUGCUAGAACACCCACCAGCUUCUGAUGCAGUGGAUGUGCAUGUGGAUACUGGAAUUAGGCAUCCUGGAAAUGCACCAGGAGGGCAGCCUGAUGUUUCUGUAGGUGUUGAUGGGGAGAUUUGAUCCUGGUGCAAUACUUACAAACAAAUAGUUGUUCUUGAUUUUUUAUUUUAAUCGGGUAUUUUAGUUUGUUUAUGUAAUUAGGCAUAGAGAACUGCAAUACCAAAUGGAAAGAUUCUGAGGCAAAUCUGUAUACGCUUAUUGGGUUAAGAGGUUUGUUUUCUGCAGAUUUGAUGA